AUGAUCCUGCAUGCUGCUAAACAUCCAGAAACAGCUGUUAACGGAGUGGUUUUAUGUCAACAACAGGAUGGGUUGCGUAUCGUCGUCACCGAUUACAUUCCAUAUUUUCAUUCUCCUCUCACUUUGGCACCGAUGCUAGAAGUCGCACUACAUCAGACUGAAGCGUAUUGCAGUACGAAGAAUCUGAGAAUCUGCGGCUACUUUCAAGCGAAUGAGCACUCACACGAUAAUGUACCUACAGUGUUUGCGUGCAAAAUUGCGGAUAAAAUUCACGAUAAAUCCGGGCCGGCUUGUUUGGUCAUGCUGCGCAAUGAUCGGCUUUAUCCACCGAGGAAUGACUGUUUUGCAGUGUACACUUUGAAUCAAGAUAAGUGGUCUGAGGCGAAGUACACGAUGGAUCCCGAAGUUGUGUCCGGUCUGGCAGAUUUACUCAAAGGUGAUCUAUCGAGGGAAAUAUGCGAUUUUGAUGAUCACCUAAACGACGUUAAAUUAGACUAUUUCAACGUAAAAUUGUCCAGCCAUAUUGCUGUGAGCACCUGUGAUUAA